AUGAGUUUCACGUGGUGCAGUAUCUUUAACAAACCGUUGCUGUGCCUCUCGUCCGUCAGAGCAGCUCCUUCCUCCCGCCGGCUGCUCCACGUCGGCCAGAGAGCCUCCCUCACCAAAGCUUUCUCCUCCCGUGAUGUGGAGCUCUUUGCCGAGCUGACGGGUGACACCAACCCCCUCCACCUGGACCCAGCCUACGCCCGCACCACCUCCUUCGAGACGCCCAUCGUCCAUGGCGUCCUCAUCAACGGCUUGAUCUCGGCCGUGCUCGGCACCAGGAUGCCCGGUCGCGGCUGUGUCUUCCUGUACCAGGAGAUCCGCUUUCCGGCGCCACUCUACAUUGACGAGGAGGUGCUGGCCGAAGCCGAAGUCCGCAAGAUCAAGAUGUCGUUUGCCUUCAUUGCAGUGACAUGCUCUGUGAAGGACAAAGUGGUGAUGGAGGGGGAGGUAAUGGUCAUGAUGCCCGAGGAUCAGCAGAAAGCUUGAGAGGACGGGAUUAGGACAGAAUUCACAGCACUCGGAUGUGACAGUUGCAGUGACUAAAAAUGGCUGCUGCAGAACAGUCUGCAGCUGGACAUCUCUCUUUUUUCCUGCACAGUAGAGUUUAUUCUGUGUUGCUCUUUUUGUUCUUUAUUUGGUUGUUGGCAACAAGAAGUCUGGGAAUGGGAUCGAGUGGUUGCCAGAGAGACGAGACAGCAACUGGAUUAACUUCUAGGGUGUUUAAUUUGUCAGAUCUGAUCUGGGUUUUUUGCUGUUUAAUAUAUGAGAUCCUGUGUGAGGAAUAAAUUUGCAAACAUGAUUUUUUUUUUUUUUGAUCUUUGAAUUCAUCAAAUCCAUUCAUGUCUUGUCACAGUCUACGUUCAGCUGAUUCUUUUCAGUCCAAUUCAUUUUCAUCUGUCCACAGAGAUGAAAUUAAAGCAGUUUGCAUGAGA